AUGGAACACAGCUCGAACCAAUUGUGUAGCACCGGUUGUGGAUUCUUCGGAAAUCCAGUGCAGGACGGUCUCUGUUCGAAGUGUUAUAGAAGCGCAAACCCGACAAAAAUCAUGGACCAAUCACCUGGCAACAAGCGGGAGCAGAUCACGUCGCAAAUGAAGUCGCCCAAGAGAAUCUACGCCGAAUCGGGACCCAAAGUCGAAGUCGAAAUCAAGCAGGGACAGCGGUUUGAUGAAGGGAAGAAGCGGAGCAACCGCUGUAUGGUUUGUCGCAAGAAGAUUGGACUGAUCGCCUGCCAAUGCCGGUGCGGGGGUCUAUUCUGCGGCAUCCAUCGGUACAGUGAUAAACAUGGCUGUACAUACGAUUAUCGAGGGGCCGGUGCUGACGAGAUUCGAAACAGCAAUCCACUAGUAAAUGGGGAGAAAAUUCAGAAAAUUUAA